UCUUGUAAAAGUUUAAAAGAAAUUAUAUUUUAUUACAAAAAUUUUUUUAUCGAUGUUUCGAUGGAAGAAAAGAUUAAGCAAGUAAUUAAAGAAAUUACAAAUUUUGGUGUUGUUUGUAGAUAUUAUGGUUAUGAAGAUAAGUCUGAUGAUUAUUAA